AUGAUCGGUCUUGGGGUAGUGGAUGGAGUUGGUGGAUCAGUGAAAAGAAUGGUAUAUCAAGACGUACUGGUUGGUAAACGAUGUAGAAAUGCAAAUGAUUUUUUACAUCUAAUUAAACAAAAAAAUACUUCAAUUGUAAUCGAUGAAUUAUCACCAGAUGAAAUUGAACAUGGUCGUGAUGGUCUUGGAUUGAUUUUUAAUCAAGUGAACGCAGUACCAAAUAUCCAAAAAGUACAUUCAAUGACUGUUGUGGAUAUUGAUAAAAUUGAAUGUAAAAUUUAUCCUUACAGUGAUAAAAAGACAAUAGUAACUUUUUAA